AUGAAGGCCACACUCAGCAUCACCGCCCUUCUCGGCGCCCUCCUUGCCACCGCCGCCCCCGCAGACCUCACCGGGACCACGACCGACCUGUCCAACAGCGCACUGCCGGCCGUGCUGACCAGCUCCGCCGCGGACAACGUCGAGGCCCCCACCGAGAAGAGCGUCAGCGGCAGCCAGACCGGCCCGCCCGUCUGCGGAACCUGCCACGACGGCACCAAGCAGUGCUGCGGCCUGCUGGUGGCCACGGGCGCAUACGGCUGCUACAGCCAAAAGUGCACCGUGGCGCAGCAGCAAAAGACGGGACCCAAGAGCCAGGCGCUGCUCCAGGGGCUUCACCCCGGAAACGCGACAGGCGCUGCUGGCAACUCGACAGUGCACACUGUGAACUUGACGACGGUCCCGGACGACAAGGUCACGCUCAGCCCGUUGGCUUUGCCGUGA